UGUCUUCAAACACAUGUCUGGGGGGAGCGGAGGCUUCUUUCUCCCUUAUUUUGCAAGCUUGUUGCCUUUCUGCUCUUCGUCUUCCUCUUCGGCAACAUCCUCAAGUUGUAGGAUGCUGCUGCUGAUCGCUAUCACGAGCCACAAUCAUCAUGUCGCAAGAGUGCAUUAUCGAGUUGGAUGGGCCCCUGGGCACCAGCAUCGCCGAGCGGACUAACACGGCAUCAACUGCCACUGCUGCCGGCGCCAAUCUCGGUGAUGCAGGCCCCAUCACCACGACAGGCGAUGGAAACGAAGAGGCAACUCAGCAUCCGCGGUAUGGCUGGCGCUUCUACGCCAUCUACUGCAGCCUCAUUGCAUCGACCCUGCUGAGUGCGCUCGACGGCUCCAUCGUCUCAACCGCCUUGCCCACCAUCGCGGGGAACUUGGACAUGGGCUCAGAUGCCGUAUGGGUUGCCAACGUCUACUUUCUUACCGGGUGCGUUUCGGCAUCAUCAUGGACACCACGGACUGCCUUCAGUGGCCGGGACUAAUCCAACCACGCCCAACAGCGCCGUGUUCCAGCCACUCUUCGGCCAGCUCUCGGAUCUCUGGGGCCGCCGCUGGGUCUUCCUCUCGACCCUCGCCAUCUUCACCCUCGGCAGCGGCCUCUGCGGCGGCGCGAGCACGGGCAGCAUGCUGAUCGCGGCGCGCGCGGUGCAGGGCAUCGGCGCCGGCGGCAUCAACAUGAUGGUCGACCUGAUCAUCUGCGACCUGGUGCCGAUGCGCGACCGCGGCAAGUUCCUGAGCCUUAUCUUCGUCGCCAUCGGCGUGUUCACCGCCGUCGGGCCGCUCAUCGGCGGCGCCCUCGCCCAGGCCGGCCUCUGGCGCUGGGUCUUCUACCUCAACCUGCCCAUCGGCGCGCCCUGCAUGGUCGUCACGUUCCUGUUUCUGCGCGUCAAGGCCCGUGCUGAUGGCGGGUCUUUCGCUGCUAGAAUGCGCCGCGUCGACUGGGUCGGCGUCGCCAUCCUCACCAUAUCCACCAUCGCCGUCAUGUACGCCGUGACCUAUGGCGGCAGCCUCCGCAGCUGGGACGACUCGCGGGUCGUGGCCCCGCUGGUGGCCGGGCUGCUGUGCCUGGUGAUCUUCGUGCUCUUCGAAGGGUCGCCCUUCGUGUCCGAGCCCGUGACGCCGUACCACCUGUUCGCCAACCGCACCUCGGCUGCGGCCUACGCCAUCACCUUCCUGCACUCCAUCAUGAGCCUGUGGAUCAUGUACGUCUUUGCCGUCUACUUCCAGGCCGUGCUGGGCAAGUCGCAGACCAUCUCGGGCGUCUGCCUCAUGCCGACCGUGCUCGGCUUCCCCUUCGCGGCCGCGGUCGGCGGCGCGCUCAUGUCCAGAUGGGGCCGGUACAAGCCGCUGCACCUCGUCGGCUUCGCGCUCUUCACGCUCGGCAGCGGGCUGUGCUCCCUCCUGAGCCAGAGCUCGUCCCCCGCCGCCUGGGUCGUCCUGCAGCUCUGCCUCGCCCUGGGCUCGGGCCUGGUCAUGGCGUGCCUGCUGCCCGCGGUGCAGGCGCGGCUGCGCGAGUCCGACACGGCGCUGAGCACCGGCACCUGGGCCUUCAUCCGCAGCAUCGGCGUCAUCUGGGGCGUCACCAUCCCCGUCGCCGUCUUCAACAACCGCUUCGACGAGCUGCUGCCCUCCCUCGUGCGCGACGAGGCCGCGCGGCGGCUGCUCGGCAACGGCCAGGCGUACGCGCAUGCCACGGCGGAUGUUGUCAACUCGUUCGCGGGCGAGACGAGAGAUCAGGUGGUCGAGGUGUAUGCUCUGAGCCUGCAGCGGGUGUGGCAGAUUGCCGUGGUGUUUGGCGGCGUGAGCUUUCUGCUGUCUGCGUUGGAGAGGGAGGUGGCGCUGCGUAAGCAUCUGCAGACGGACUUUGGCAUCGAGGAGAAAAAGAACACCGCAAGUAGGGGGUCAAACCCACAGCCUCGAGAUGGCGGAGUGUUGGACGCCUGAGCUAGUCGGCCUGGUUUGAAAUAAUUGGUUCGAGCUGCUUGUCGAUGUUGGCGGCAGCAGUUCCGGCAGAACCCAAGCCUUUCUAAAGAAUGCAGACGGUGAAACUGCGCAAUAUAUACCUAAAAAGUGCUAUAGCUAUGCCCCAGCAGCGCCCUGCAACUUGC